UCUCAGCAACACUCCGUGGCGUUGCGUAGCAGCCGGCGGUCCUUCAUGUUGUGAGAAGAAGCUGGAAGUUAACAGUUAAAGCGGAAUCACAGAAGAUGAAGGUUUUCCUGCGAGCGCUGCUCUUCUUCCUCCUGUCGUAUUUCAUGGAGGCGAAGCAGAAAGACUUUUACAUUAAGGUGGUGAACAGCAGAGGCAGAUUAGUUUCUCUGGAGAAAUACCGCGGCUCGGUCUCCUUGGUGGUAAACGUAGCGAGUGAGUGUGGCUUCACCCAGGAGCACUAUACGGACCUGCAGCAGCUGCAGCGGGACUUUGGACCGUACCAUUUCAACGUGCUGGGGUUCCCGUGUAAUCAGUUUGGCCAGCAGGAGCCCGGCAGCGAUAAAGAGAUCGACAGCUUUGUGAGGCGCGUUUACGGAGUCUCGUUUCCGCUCUUCAGCAAAAUCGCUGUGGUGGGGACCGGGGCCAACAACGCCUUUAAAUACCUCACAGAGGUGACUGGGAAGGAGCCUGACUGGAAUUUCUGGAAGUAUCUGAUUGAUGUUGAUGGUAAAGUCGUCGGCUCGUGGGGUCCUCAAGUGUCCGUGAAGGAAAUUCGGCCAAAGAUUGCAGAGAUGGUGCGCAAACUCAUCAUCAAACGCAAGGAGGAGCUGUAGAGACACACACACGCACACACAGACAGACACAGACACACACACAGACACACACGCGCACACACACACACGCGCACACACACACACACACACACACACGUCCAUCCACAUAAAUUUCUUCAACAGAAUGUAAAAUGUGAUACUAAAUCAGCACUACUAUGAAAACCACUCUCACUCACACACACACACACACACACACUCACACUCACAGACACACACACACGCUCACUCACACACACACUCACACACACUCACACAAAUUACCCAGAAGCAAAAAGGAACAUAUACCGUAUUUUCCGGAUUAUAAGACACAUCGUUCGCUCUUUAUAAAUAAUACCUUUUAACAGAUAUUAUGAUUUAGUGCACAGAGCUGCUGAGUGCUGCAUUCUGAUUGGUCAGAAGGAGUUGAUUAGUUUUCUAGAACAGCAGCUCUGACAGUAGUGCAGCUGCAAAUCACAGGUGUCUAUUAAUGCACUGGUUCUGAUACGUUUAUGAUAAUAAAUUGCAGUGCUGAAAAAUAGCAACACUAACAGGAGAAAAACUAAACUAGCCUGCACCAGUAGGGGGCGCUGUUGAAAAUUCUUGCUACAUGAAUCCGAUCUGUACAACAAAACCGUUAAUAUACAAUAUUUUAUUGUUUUUAAUGUAAAUUAUAGUCUGGAAAAUUUGUUUCAGGAAAGACACUCCCCUAAACCACUAGCCCCGCCCUUUACCCUGACAUCAACCAUUCAGAGCUUCACACACACACACACACACACACACACACCAGCCGCUGUCACACAGAAGAACGUCUAGCAUCCAUGAGGUGGACUGUGGACAUGACACGACACGCUACGCCGUGUUUUUGUAGCGUUGUUGCUACUUUAGCUCUUCCUGAUUGGAGCUUUCACGUUUCAGGAAGUAGGAGGAGCUCGUUUUGCUAAUCUGUAGGUGUUUGAGAUAAUCUGAGACAUGUAUGUAAUGUGGGCGGGGUUUUAGAUAAUAAAGAGAGGUGGGGGGAGGGGUCAGUUGUUAAAGGAACAUUUCAGCGAAAAAAAAAUGAAAAUGUAGCCGAUUAGCCGAGACACGUUUGCUAAUUUAGUUUAGCGCUGUAGCUAUGAUGCUAAUGUAGCUAACUAGACUUGCUGAUGUAUAAUGAUGAACAAAACACUGUGUAGUCAAAUGCUGACUCUUGUAUCUUGUAUAAAGUGGCGGCCAUCUUGGAAAACCGAGAUCACUUUUUCCAUGGUGCAGUUUGGAAAGACUCCGCCUUCAAUAUUAGGCCCCGCCUCCAGGUUUAAAGUUGAUGUUUAAAGCCUGAUAGAAAUGUUGAUUAAGUCUACUUUUGAUUUCAUUUUUCUAAGUAAAGAUGGCAAUUUUACUCAUCAGAUUAUAGAUGGUUGAAGUGUGGAUGAAAACAAAAAUAAAAUAAAACUAAAUAAAAUAAAAAAAAGAAGCAAAUAUCAGAUAAUAAACAUGUCUCGGCUGAUUAAUUACAUUUGGGUGCAUUUUCUAUUGUUGGCUUUAUGUAUAAAACCAGUCGAACGUUUGCACUCGAUAGUCUGAAUAAAUACUUUUCACUUUUUAAAGACAUUGUGAUAAAAGCUUAUGGUUGAAAUUUGUUUCUAAGACAAAUAAAUAAAUAAAAAUUAAUAAAUAAAUCAGUGCCCAUGUAUACAUUUAUUU